GAUCUCGAUCUUCCAAGAAGGAACUUGAAUCGAUGGCCACCGGGGGGAACUCGCUGCCGUCGCCGUCGUGCGCCGAUGACAAGAAGCGGCGGGUGUGCUACUACUACGACCCGGGCAUCGCCCACAUCAAAUUCAGCGACGACCAUGUCAUGGUGCCCGCCCGCGUCGCCAUGGCGCACAGCCUCGUCGGCGUCUACGGCAUGCUCGGCGACAUGAGCCGCCUCCGUACGAGACCCGCCACGGAGGCGGAGAUCCGCCGCUUCCACUCGCCGGAGUACGUCGACCUCCUCCGCGACCUCACCCCGGAAAGCUACUUCAACGACGCCGCGCUUCGGCAGAAGGCGGAGGAUGACCACGGCAUCGGCGGCAAAGAUGAUUGCCCCGCCUUCGACCGCCUCUGGAAGUACUGCCGCGGCUACGCCGGCGGGUCGCUCGCCGCGGCGCGCGCGCUCGUCGACGGCGCCUCCGACAUCGCCAUCAACUGGUCAGGCGGCAUGCACCACGCGUCCGCCUGCAAGGCCACCGGCUUCUGCUACGUCAACGACAUCGUGCUCGCCAUCAACGAGCUCCUCGGCACCUUCAGGCGAGUCAUCUACGUCGACAUCGACGCGCACCACGGCGACGGCGUGCAGAACGCCUUCUUGGACUCCAACCGGGUCAUGACGCUGUCGUUCCACCGGUACGGCAAAAUCACGCCCCACAAGAACUUCUUCCCGGGCUCCGGCGCCAUCAACGAAAUCGGCGCCGGCGCCGGCGAGCACUACAGCGUGAACGUGCCCCUGGACGCCGGCGUCCGCGCCGACGUGUACCACACGCUGUUCAAGCCGAUCGUGGGCAAGGCCAUGGAGGUGUUCCAGCCGGAGGCCAUCGUGCUGCAGUGCGGCGCCGACUCGCUCUCCGGCGACCGCCUCGGCGGCAUGGAGCUGUCGGUGCGGGGCCACGCGGAGUGCGUCGGCUUCCUCCGCGGGUUCAACCUGCCGCUGCUCCUCGUCGGCGGCGGCGGCUACACCAUCAACCACGUCGCAUCCACGUGGUGCUACGAGACGGCGGUCGCCGUCGGCAAGGAGAGGGAGCUCCCCGACGACAUAGAGAUACCCAGCCACGGCUACGAGCUCAUGUACAAGAACCAGGGGGACAAGCUCCAUUACCAGAAGUCGACAGCGACGGCGGCGAGAAAGAGGUCGAGCAGCGCGGAGGUCACCAAGGGGAAGGUGCUCGAGCACCUGUCGCAGAUCGAGCGCGCGCCGAGCGUGCAGUUCCAGGAGCGACGCGGCGGCAACAAUGCCGCCGGAGUUGAGCUCUACUACGACCGCCCUCCGAGCCUGGAAGACGACGAACCCGCGCAGAGGCUGCACCGGCUCUGCUUCCCCGGCCUGACGAAGCGUAUUAAGCUUAGGUGGUGUUUGGUUGAGGUCAGGAAAUGCAAACGUAAAUGGGAUCAGCUACAGCGGUAAGGGAAGAAAAUGUAUCACUUUACAGGUUUUGUUUGGUUGGCCGCUGUAACGUCUCAUGUUUGCAUUACAUUGUUUGGAUGGAACAUGGUAACGGGUAACGGCUGCUUCCGAAGCAGGGAGCGCUUAGAACGUGACGCAGCUCAAAGCUAAGGCACAUUACAAGCUACAUAGCAGCAGUGUUCUCAAACACGUGUAGCACAUCAAAGCUAUGUAAAAAUAUUCACAAUUUUAUAA